AUGCAGUUGAUGAACUCUGCAUUGUACCAAAACUUCAUCAGAAUGAACUCCGUUACAUAUCAGGAACUAGUGUGUGAGGUAGGACAUAAAUUAGAACGUGUGCCUAGUCGUCCUGAUAUAUUGUCAGUUGGGGAGAUUUUAACAGCCACUUUGAGAUACCUUGCAUCUGGAGAUUCAAUGGUAUCAAUUAUGUAUGCUUUCCGUAUUGGAAAGUCAACUAUUUACAAAUUAUUAUUUGAAUGUUGUACAGCUUUAUGGGAAAUAUUAAGCAGCAAAUUAUUGCCUCUACCAGAUACUAAUAAAUGGAAAAAUCUGGCCAAUGAGUUCUAUGAUAAGUGGCAAAUGCCAAAUUGCUGUGGAAGUAUUGAUGGAAAACAUAUAGUACACAAGGUACGAAAUACAAUGUUUAUUAAAGGACCUAUAUUUAUUUUAUAUAUAAAUGGUUUAUUGAACCUGGAUAUUAAUGCUAAAAUUGUACAUAUAAGAAUAUUGAUAAAGUUGAUAGCUUAAAAUACUUAGGUUUACAUAUGGAUACCAACUUGAAAUGGAAAAAGCACUCUGACUAUGGUAUAACAAAAGUUAGACAAUUUUUCUUUAUUUUUAGAAACAUAAGAGAUAUACAGAUACUAGACAAGAAACACUUAAGAAUAAUUUAUCUUUCUUUCCACAACCAGUUAUUACAUAUGGUAUUGAAAUAUGGGGAUGAACAUUUAAUACGCACUUAAUUAAGUUAAAAACUAUUCUAAAUAAAAUAGUUAAAUAUAUUCUAAAGGUACCUUGUUUUUAUAAGAUAUGUUUCAGUUAUAAUGAUCUCAAUGUGUU